GUAGAAGAAGAUCGACUAUGUUUCAGUUUGCAUUGCCACUUAGGUCGUAUGCUUAGUAUGAAAUUAUUCAUAUAAAAUAUUGGUAAUUGUUUUCCAGUGUGGUCAGUAUGGUUGCUGGACGAGAACCAAGAUCAAAACACUUGACACAUAUUAUUGCAGUAGAAGAAGAAGAAGCAGAAGUCCCUACAUGCAUGAUGGAGAAUUCUGCUGAUGAUGAACAAGAAAGUAUGAUUACAAAGCCUUUACUUGAUGAUCAUGACGGAUUUUCAGGAAAGGGUGGCUUCAGAACAAUGCCAUUCGUUUUAGCCAAUGAGGCUUUUGCGCAGGUGGCAAGCUAUGGGCUACAGCCUAGCAUGAUUCUGUACUUGACGAGAGAGUAUCAUUUGAACAUGGCUACUGGGUCUAACAUAAUCUUUCUUUGGUCAGCAGCAACAAAUUUCAUGCCCCUUCUUGGUGCUAUAGUUGCAGAUUCAUUUCUGGGUCGAUUUCGGAUGAUCUUAUUUGGUUGUGUUAUUAGUCUUCUGGGAAUGGCUCUUUUGUGGCUAACAAGUAUGAUUCCACAAGCAAAGCCGCCUCCAUGUCAUGAAUCGAAUAAAAAUUGUAGCUCUGCGACAAGUUUUCAACUCUUUCUCUUGUGUUCUUGUUUAGGACUCACGUCUAUUGGAUUUGGAGGAAUUACGUCUUCAUCCAUAGCUUUUGGUGCUGAUCAGUUACAAAAAGCAGGUGGCCACAACAAUGGACGGGUUCUGGAGUCCUAUUUCAGCUGCAAGGCUUAUGGUCCUGGCAAAGAAGAUAAGGAAGAGACAACUUUUCAUGAACAAGAUGACUAGAACUAGAGGUCUUUCAUUGCUGUAAUAUAGUUAGUUAAACCUAGACAAGUUGCAUCGUGAUCAAUAUACUUGCAGAAGCCUGGAACUCGAGAAUACCAGUUGAUCUGGAUGUUUUCAACAAUGUCAUUCCACACAGCUGGUAAUGAAGGUCAGACUCAUGCUCUACUCUAGAUAUCGUUGGCAAUGCCACUGUUGAAUAGGAUUGUAUCUAUAGAUUGUUGGGAAAAUUGCAAAGAACUGGCAAAUAUUGUGACAAGAAUUGGCUUCAAAUUGUGAUAGAUAUCACUUUCCUUUA